AUGAGCAACGACACACCGGCAGAAUCGGCUCAAAAUGGAACUGCCUCGCCUAUCAAGAGUUGGGAUGAAGACACGGGCAACAUUCCUCGACUUCAAAUUGUGGAUGAAAACCAAAAGUUCACUGAGACACUGCCAAGUUACAUGAACAAAUGGUCUCUUGCGGAUGCUGGUUUCCAAUACAAUGUCGUCGCCGUCUUUGGUUCACAGAGUACAGGCAAAAGUACAUUGUUGAAUCGACUUUUUGGUACUUCGUUUGAUGUCAUGGAUGAGAACCAACGUAGUCAAACUACCAAGGGUAUCUGGAUGUCUCGGGGUCGUGGUAUGCAUGUGCUCGUGAUGGAUGUCGAGGGUACCGAUGGUCGUGAACGUGGCGAGGAUCAAGACUUUGAACGCAAAUCAGCUCUCUUCUCAAUGGCUACCAGUGAAGUCAUCAUUCUCAACUUGUGGGAGCAUCAAGUCGGUCUUUAUCAAGGUGCCAACAUGGGCUUACUCAAGACUGUCUUUGAAGUCAAUUUACAACUCUUCCAGAACCAGAAAAACAAGGAAAAGACAUUGAUCCUUAUCGUCAUUCGUGAUCAUGUUGGUGCUACUCCUCUCGAGAACUUGGCAAAGACGCUACAAGCUGAUUUGGAAAAGAUCUGGGCAGGAUUAUCCAAGCCCGAAGGUCUCGAAGAUUGCAAGAUUCAUGAUUAUUUCGACUUCAUGUUUACCGGCUUGCCACACAAGAUCUUGUUGCCCGAAAAGUUUGAUGAAGAGGUGGCUGUUCUUCGACACAGAUUCAAUGAUCCAAAGGAUCCCAACUAUGUCUUCCGCCCACAAUAUCACAAGCGUAUUCCUGCUGAUGGCUAUCACAUGUAUGCAUCUGGCAUUUGGGAUAAGAUUCUUUCCAACAAGGAUCUUGAUCUUCCUACCCAGCAAGAACUUUUGGCACAGUAUCGAUGUGAUGAAAUCUCAAAUGCGGCAGUGGAAAUCUUUAUGCAGCGGAUAGCUCCUUUCAAGAACCCCAUCCUCGAAAAGGCACAGACCAUCCCCGACCUAGGAAAGCAAAUGGAUGAAAUCCGAACAGAAGCAAUGCAAUCUUUUGACAAGAACGCAUCAAGAUACCACAAGGACGUUUAUGAAAAGAAGAGGAAGGACAUGCUUGAAAAGCUCAACACCCAACUCAAUGUCUUUUUCGUUGGCCAACUCAAGAACUUGCACAAAAAGGCUAGCAUCAUGUUUGAAGAGAAUCUCAAGGCCGAGCUCAAGAAACCUGGAUACAACUUUGCCACUGCCGUGGAUUCUUGUCUCAAGGAAGCUGAUGCUUUCUUCUUGGAUGGUGCUAAAGCUAUUGUGUUGCCUGAUACUGAUUGGUCUUAUGAUCAUGAGCACAACCAAUUGGAGGAAGACUUUGCAAAGAUCUCUGCCCAAGCACGCGCUGAUGAAUUCAGAAAGAUGAGCAAGGCGUUGUCGAAACAAGUCGAGAAUGAGCUCUCUGAUCCCGUGUCCUUGGCACUCAACAACCCCAAGGAUGACACCUGGCACAAUAUUAUUCAAGCAUAUCAAUCUACGGUAGAGCAUGGUCAAAAGACAUUGGUGGAGAAGGCCAAAAGUUUCAAUUCAUCCGAUGAAGAAUUGCAAGAGUCGAUCCUUGGUUUGAAGCGUCAAGCAUGGCUCGUUUUACGUAAAAAGGUGGAUGAAGAGCUUGCAGACAACAUGCUUCUUUUGAAAUUGCGUUCAAGAUUUGAAGAGAAAUUCCGUUAUGAUGAACAUGGGCUUCCCCGUGUCUGGAAGCCAACCGAUGACAUUGACAGCUACUUUCGCCGUGCACGAGAUGACGCUAUCACUCUGAUACCAUUGUUUGCCAAGAUUGACCUCAAGGAUGAUGAGGACUUUGAAAUUGAGUCGGAUGAGGAUUUCGAUUUCAAGCAUUCGUUGAUUGUGUUGACUGAAGCCAAGCAGAUUGAUAUCACCAACCGCUUCAAGCGUGAAUCGGAUGCAUUUUAUCUCGAAGCUAAGCGGUCGAUUGUUGCCACCACCGCCAAGAUACCCUCGUGGCUUUUGGUUGUCAUGAUUGCCCUCGGUUGGAAUGAAUUCAUGACCAUCAUCAAGAGUCCUCUCUACCUGGUGCUAUUUGUCAUGUGCAUCUCCUUUGGCUAUGUCAUUUAUGCUCUCAAUCUAUGGGGUCCUUUAGAACGCAUCCUGACAACUGUGUUUGGUGAAGCAACCAAGAUUGCCAAGGAAUACGCUAUCGAAGGCAUGGAUCGAAUGCGAGAACAGCAACAACAGCAUCAAUCACCACAGCAGCAGAAGGAUACUGUAGAAAUGAAGGCAUUUAACAAGGAUGAAUAA